UAUGCACUUAUUAAUCACUGAAAGGUACAAUGAAGGAAAAAUAUUGAUCUCAUUUGUAUCAUCAUUUUUAAAAUAAAAAAGGAAGUAACAAAACUACAUGUUCAUCUUGGAAUAAAUGUCAAGGAUACGAAAUUAGGUGAAGGUGAACAAGUAAGAAACUUUUACCUUGCUUAGAGAACAGAUUCGAUCAGUUUCAAUAUCGCGUGAUCCACGUAAAGAUCACAGGAUUUACUCGUCCAAUAUAAAAAUUUACAUCUAUAUAAUUGUUAGAAUGAUUAUGAUAAAAGAUCAAACUGUGUGAAACGGUACAAAAAAGUUCUAAGUUUAUGUUGAAUCGAUGUCUCAUGAUUAUUUCAAAUACCGAUUAAAAUUGAAUAUAUAAAUUGAAAGAAAUAAAACGAAAUUUGGAAGGAAAUCAUGUCCGUUGUAUCUGCUUCAGAAUUGUUAACUGAAGCAGCAGGCAUUAAAAUAUAUAUGACAGAAGAAGAUACCUUAACUGAUUCACCGAUUAUCGGAAAAAUUUGUGUAAUAUUGGCAAAUGUAAAGGAAACUAAAGCAAACGACAAAUCUUACGGAUUUCAUCUUACAAAAUCAAAGUGGGAUCCCUAUCCAUGGGUAAGCUACGUUGAAACCGGCAGCUUUGCUAAUGCAGCCGGGCUCAGAGCUGGUGAUUGUUUAAUAAGUAUUGAUGGACAAGAUUUAAUAGGAUUAAAAGUAAAGCAGAUUGCUGGAUUAAUUCAACAACAUCAACAAGAUAAUAUAAAGCUAUUUGUGUGGAGGAAUAUUAAUGAUGAAAACCAAGACGAAUCGGGAAUAGCUAUAAAAGGACCACUUCCAGAAGUAGCCAGUAAACUUGCAAAUGCACUAUCUGGAGUUGUACGAGUAUUAGAAUGUCCAGUUUGUUUGGAAAAUUCACUGCCUCCAGUUUCCCAGUGUGUCCAUGGUCACAUCAUUUGUGUCGAAUGUCGUUCAAGGACACCUCGUUGUCCAAUUUGUAGAGUAAGAUUAGGUCAAGGUAGAUGUUUGCUUGCAGAUAAACUUCAUAAGAUAUUUCGUGACGUUUUUAAUAUGAACGAUAUACCUGCUAACGUGCAACGUCGUGCACAAAGUCUUCGAGAUCGUCUUUUUGGUAAAUGUAAAAAGAAAACGUCAGUACCAGUAACUGGAAAGGAUAAUAACAGUGUAAAUUCAAAAGCGCGUCAGUUAUUAUUGACUAAAUUGUUUCGUAUUGGAAUGGAGAAAGCUGCUUCAGCAGAUAAUUUAAUAACAACUUCUAAUGAAACAUUAAACGCGAACAAAGGAAAAUCAAGCAAUUUCCAUGACUGUUUAAAUUUACACGAUCGUGUAAAAUCUGCAAGCACCGGAGAACUAUCAAAGGAUACAACGAAAAAUAUUAAUGAACCUUUACAAAUUUAUUCAACUGCAACAUCCAGCACUACCAGUUUAAUAUCAAGUGUACCUGCUACACCUGUUUGGGGAGGUUCUAUGAAUUCUGUGUCCUCUAUGCAAAUAUCGUGUCCCCUUGCAAAGCAAAGUGGCUGUAAAGAUAUUAUAACAUCUGACACAGUGUUAGAACAUUUAAGUGUAAAUCAUGAAGUACCACAAGUACAUUUUUAUUCUGUUCACAUAAAACUUCCAUUUCCACUCCCAUUUGGUUCUGAAGCUGUUUAUAUAUUACAUUACAGUGAAGAUGUUUUUUUCUUUCAGUGUGAACGAGAAAUUGUUUGGAUAAGUAGUGCCAUAGGAGACAAAAUUGUAUGGGAAUGGAUUUUACAUGGCCAAGGAGAAAACGGUACUGAAAUAAAGAUGAAAAGAAAUGUUGUAAAUCUCGUGAAUCCAACGAUAUUAACACCACAACAUAUUGCACCUCUGCCAAAUACUUUACUGUUGCACACAUUGAACAUUCAAUUAAGAGAAUGUCACUCAUAUGAACAACUGGGAGUGUAAAAUACAUAUC